AUGGAGUUCCUUACACUGCCGCAGUCACCGCACAGAUUUCUGUGGGCAGCACUGUUGGGCGUCAUUGCUCAUCUGACGCUGUUCCGCCAUGGCGAAUGGGACACAUCUGCGCCGGCUUUAAUCUCGGCCUUUUUCAGCACACAACUGUUGCUCGUUGGAUAUGGAACUGCCUAUGCGCCAUCAUUCAAGGCCGUUCCCCUCGCAGUUCUCCACGUAUCGGGUUUAGGGAUUUGCUUUCUAGUGGGCACGUUCACUAGUAUCUUGAUAUAUCGUGGAUUCUUCCAUCGACUCUCCAGAUUUCCCGGUCCGUUUUGGGCACGGCUGUCUACCAUAUACCCAACUUCACUUUCCUUCAGGUCCAAAUUGCACCUUUAUGAAGAAGUCCAGGCGUUGCAUAGACAAUACGGAGAUUUUGUAAGACUUGGGCCGAUGGAAUUGUCUAUUGCUGACCCCCGCGCGGUUCAAGCAGUCAAUUCAGCACAGACCCCUUGCACAAAAGGACCCUGGUACAACGGAAUGCGACCACGAGUGGCUCUGCAAAACAGCCGAGAUAAGCAAGAGCAUUCUCAGCGAAGGAAGGUCUGGGAUCGAGGAUUUGGUGCCAAAAGUCUUCGAGAUUACGAGCCCCGUGUAGUCACAUACACUACGGGUUUGAUGACUGCUAUUGAGGCUCAAAAGGACAAGCCAAUGAAUGUAACCGAUUGGUUCAACUUUUACAGCUUCGAUGUCAUGGGAGACCUCGCAUUCGGAAAGUCUUUUGACAUGGUCAAAAAUGGCGUCAAACAUUACUUCAUGAAUUCUCUCAAGACCAACAUGACCAUGGCAGGUUACUUUAAACACGUUGUUUGGACAGCCCCGAUCAUGAGAUCGAUUCCGAUUCUGAAUUUCGAGCAUAAGAGAUUCUGGAAGUUUGUGAACAACCAAGUCGAUGAGAGAAUGAAUAUGAAGCCCGAUAAGCCGGAUGUAUUCUCUUAUCUACUAGAAGAAUAUGAAAAGGAAGAGCCGAAGACGGCCCAAAACCUGAUGAACCUUCAGGCAGAUGCCUAUCUAAUUGUCGUUGCUGGAAGCGACACUACCUCCUCCACUCUGACCACACUUUUCUUCCAUCUUGCAACGGAACCACAUCUUCUCACUGAACUCCGAAAACAAAUUGACCCACUGUUCGAGUCUGGAGAGGUUGAUUCUGCCACAUUGGCCAAGAGCAAGCAUUUAGACGCCGUCAUCAACGAGGCCUUGCGUCUUCAUCCUCCUGUGCCUUCAGGGGUCCAGCGGUUGACUCCUCCUGAAGGCAUGAUGAUCGGGGAAACUUUUGUUCCUGGGAACACGAUUGUAUAUGUUCCAUUUUACACGCUAUUCAGAGACGAGAGAAAUUUCAAAAGACCAGAGGAAUUUAUCCCUGAGCGAUGGACCACAAAACCUGAACUGACUGUGGAUGCUUCGGUUUUUGUCCCCUUCUCGUACGCUUAUAUAGUGCAUCGGUACGAUUUCACUCUCGCUCAAGGGGAGGAUCCAGCCAAGUUCACUCGAGACAUGACCGAUGGAUUUACCCUUGCAUGCCCACCUCUGCACCUUGUUUUCACUGAAAGGAAAACUGCUGGAGAUUCGACGCCCGGGUUAUAUACAAGACCAUGA